AUGCUACUACGCUGUGUUCUUGCGCUCUUAUCUCUCGCUGUAGUAGCACUCGGACAAAGUCAGAGUCCUGCUAUCGACCUUGGCUACGCAACCUAUGAAGGAACGACGAAUACUACUACCGGAGUCACGUCCUUCUACGGCAUACGGUAUGCUGCACCUCCUACUGGUGAAUUCCGCUUCGGCGCACCCCAGCCUCCCGCCCACGUUAGCGGCAUCCAGCAGGCGACUAACGAGCCCAACUCAUGCUACCAAGCAACCAACGGACACAUGCCUUCGUCUCCAUAUGCGAGGUCCCAGGGAUCUACAUCGGCAUUGGGAAAGCGUGCUGAGCCAGUGUACUCGGAGGAUUGUCUCUUCCUGAAUGUAUUCACCCCCGUUAACCUUAGCACCACCGCCACCUCAGGCCUUCCUGUCGUAGUGUUCAUACAUGGCGGCGGGUACACUGUUUGCAGCUACGUCGCAGGGUCGGUAUACACUCAGCAUGGCGAAAACCUUGUGGCCGAUGCCGACAACGAUGUGGUGAUGGUGGGCAUUCAAUAUCGCCUCGGCAUUUUCGGGUUUCUCUCUGGCAACGAGGUGGUCGAAGGAGGUGGUGCAUUAAACGCCGGCUUGCUGGAUCAAACAUUUGCUCUGCAGUGGGUGCAGGACCACAUAAGCAAGUUCGGAGGUGACGCUUCAAAAGUCACAAUUUGGGGCCAAUCAGCCGGCGCUGGAUCUGUUUUUCAGCACAUCAUCGCCAAUGGGGGAAACACCCAACCGCCGCUCUUUCGUGCUGCUAUGACUAGCUCGACGUUCUUCCCAUCGCAGUAUUGGUAUAACGGCACGAUCCCCGAGACCGUCUACCAAGCGAUCGUCAAUGGGACAGGGUGCAGCACAUCCGUUUCGUCCUUCGCCUGCCUUCGGAGCGCCUCUGUGGAUAUCCUCGAACAGCUGAACAAUCAAACGAACAAUGAUGCGUUCUAUGGCGUGUACACCACUGUGCCCGUCGUCGACGGAAAGCUGAUAGUCGAACCUCCCAUCGAGACGCUCGCCAAGGGACACGUGAACGGGGAGGUAUUACUGUCGGUGACUAACUCCGAUGAGGGUGCUCUCUUCGUCAACGCAGAUGUGCCCUUUGACCCAGUAUACUACAUACAUAACCUCUUCCCCCAACUACCCGCGGACGACGUGCAAAAGGUGGCAGACGCGUAUGAAACCUACACAAUCCCAGCUGGACGAGGCGUGCCUGAAGGACGCGACGUCACACAGGCUAUUGGUAUUAUGGGCGAGUCCAUCUUUUACUGCGCGACCUACUUCCUACUUGAGGGAUUUAGCAAAGCAGGCAAGAACGCGUGGAAAGGCUUCUUCGGCAUCCCGCCCGGAUACCACGCCGAAGACGUCCCAUACUACUUCACUUCGUCAGUCCGCUUUUUCGAUGGGCCACCCAUCGACAACCCCUCGUUUACCGCCUCGUUUGCUCAGUCCUUUAUGAGUGUCGUCAUUAACCUUGAUCCGAACGACCACAUCAACUCGAGCGAUGUUACGCCUCAGUGGAAGACAUGGGCGCAAGCAAACACAGAGAUGCUGUUCAACGUUACGGAGACGAACCUGACUGACAUCCAUGCAAUCACGACAGACCCGGGCAUGCUUGCGCGUUGCGAGUGA